UUCAAGCACGGUGAGGAAAUCCUUUUAAAAUCCAUUCUCUUCUCUUUGUUAACGAACAGAAAUUGAUUUAAAAUCCAUUUUCUCUUCUUUCUACUUCUCCGUUUUCUCUUCCUCACUUAAAAACCUCACUGAUUUUUCAUCCGCUGCUUUGUGUUGAGGCCUAGACGAAACCAUAACCGCAGUUGCGAAGUUCUUGUUGCCAUUCUUCGUCGUUGUUUUUUCCUCAUUGUGCUGGAUUAGUAACUUAAAUUUUGGCGACCAAAGUUCAGAUAUGGCUUCUGCUUUUGCUUCAAAGUUUUCACGUGUUGGUCGUUCAUUGUUGGGAGGACUUGGAAACAAUUUGUCUGGUUCACUGACCACAUCAAAUGAGACCGUGUGCAACAGUUUUAUCACGCAGCAACAAAGAACUUUCAUACAGAUGAGAACUGUGCUAAAAGUAGUGGACAAUUCAGGGGCAAAAAAGGUGAUGUGCAUUCAAGCUUUGAAGGGAAAGAAAGGAGCGCGACUAGGAGACACUAUUGUCGCAUCAGUGAAGGAAGCCCAUCCCAAUGGAAAAGUGAAGAAAGGAAAGGUUGUGUACGGUGUGGUUGUGCGAGCUGCAAUGCAAAAAGACCGCUGUGAUGGAAGUGAGGUCAAGUUUGAUGAUAAUGCUGUAGUACUCGUGGAUAAGCAAGGCCAACCUAUUGGGACAAGAGUGUUUGGCCCAGUUCCUCACGAACUCAGGAAGAAAAAGCACGUGAAGAUUCUUACUUUGGCAGAGCACAUUGCUUGAAAUCAACAAUCAGAUCGGAGCCAGGGCCCAACUGAGGUUUAUUGGAAGAAAUAAGAGGAAUCUGCAAAAAAAACAUCUGUUAAAUUUGCCUUCGGUGAAUAACAAGAAAAUUGUUGCAGCUGCUCUUGAUGCGUUACAGUUGUUCAGGUUGUUCUCUACAUUCUUCUUCCCUCACAUCAUCGAAGGUAGUUAAUGAUUCAUCUCCUAGUUAGGCAGUUACCAUUUAUGAGGUUUGAAUUUAUCAAACUAGGAUGUGACUGGUUAGUUUUCGAACUUGGUUCUCCCAAUGCUCAACGAAUAACAGACAAAACACUAAUGUUGGUCAUAACUUCAAAUGUAGUUUGAAAGCGUUUUUUGGACUGUCUAUGUCUAUGCAAAUAUUUAUUCAGAAACCAACAUUCAUCCAUAAUUUUUGUAUAAUAAGAAGUGAAAAGUAUUUUGUAGCUUA